AGCUGAGUGGGAAAGUCCUACACUGGGAGAAUGGAAGAAGACGAAACCAACCUCCAGAGCUUCCUCCGAUGGGCUGCGGCGCUGGGAAUAUCAGAUUCUCCCAUUUCUGACUGCUCUGCUUCCACUUGUCUCGGCCGUACUCUCUCCGUCUCCCAUUUUCCUGAAGCCGGCGGGAGAGGUUUAGCUGCUGCGCGUCGUAUAAGGAAAGGGGAGUUGAUUCUGAGGGUUCCAAAGGCGGCUUUGGUGACGAGUGAUUGUCUAAUUAGCAACGAUGAGAAGUUGUCUGCUGCUUUGGGGAAAUACCCUUCACUCUCUUGUACUCAGAUAUUGUCCAUUGCUUUACUGAAUGAAGCGAACAAGGGCAGGAGUUCUUGGUGGUACCCUUACCUGAAGCAGUUGCCUCAAAGUUAUGACUUACUCACAAGUUUUGGUCAGUUUGAGAUAGAAGCUUUGCAGAUUGAUGAUGCUAUUUGGACUGCAGAAAAAGCUGUUCACAAAGGUAAAAUGGAAUGGGAAGAAGCUAAUCCAGUUAUGUGUGAACUUAAUCUCAGGUCUCAGCUGAUGACCUUCAAUGCAUGGCUUUGGGCUUCUGCAACAAUAUCCUCGCGCACUAUGCAUAUACCAUGGAAUACUGCGGGUUGUUUAUGUCCGGUAGGAGAUUUCUUUAAUUAUGCACCUCCUGAAGAAGGAGAAAGGUCAGGAAAUUCAAUAGAUGAGCUGUUAGAUGCAAACACAGAUAGGUUAACUGAUGCUGGUUUUGAUGAAGGAGUUGCUAGUUAUUGCUUCUAUGCUAAGAGAAACUAUGGAAAAGGAGAUCAGGUUCUUCUAAGUUAUGGUACAUACACAAAUUUGGAGCUUCUCGAGCACUAUGGCUUUCUCCUGCAGGAAAACCCAAAUGACAAGGCUUUUAUUUCCUUGGAACCUGAAAUGCAUUCCCUUUGUUCGUGGCCCAGAGAGUCAAUUUACAUUUCUGAAGAUGGAAAGCCAUCCUUUGCUCUUCUCUCAACUGUCCGUUUGUGGGCAACCCCUAUGAGCAAGCGACGGUCAGUUAAACACAUUGCAUUCUCAGGCAAUCGUAUAUCAGCUGAGAACGAGGCUGCUGUAAUGGAAUGGAUAGCGGAUAAAUGUCGGGCAUUGUUGAGCGGUUGUUUGUCCACAAUUGACGAAGAUAUGCUAAUGCUCCACAUCAUUGAUAACUUCCAAGAUUACACGGGAGAACCAGAGCUAUCACCAGCAUUAUGUGAUGAGAUUCGUGCUUUCUUAGAGAGCAAUCAUGUGACAUGUGGAGGACUCUCCACCAAGUUGCAUGUUUCUUUAAAAACGAGAAGGGCCGUAUAUAGGUGGAAAUUGGCAGUUCAAUGGAGACACAGGUACAAGAGAAUUUUAUCUGAUUGCAUCUCAUAUUGUACUAGCAUGUUGGAUAAUCCUUCUUGAUGAUAUUAUCCAACCAUAACUGCAGCUGUGACCUGAUCUAAUAUGAUCGAAUCACUUCAGAAGAAAAGAAGCUGAUUCUUCUCUGAA